CAAUCAAAAAGAAUAACAGUCAAAACGACCAAAGAAGAAUCUCACACACAUUUCAAUUUCCCAAUUCCAAAUUAGGUUUUCCUCUAAAACCCUAAAUUACACAAAUCACAUUUUUUUCGUCAAUUCUAAGCCAUGGGAAACACAGAGAAGCUUCUGAAUCAGAUCAUGGACUUGAAAUUCACAUCAAAAUCGCUGCAAAGACAGGCCAAAAAGUGCGAGAAAGACGAGAAAUCGGAGAAAUUGAAGGUGAAAAAAGCGAUUGAAAAAGGGAAUAUGGAUGGCGCAAGGAUCUACGCUGAGAAUGCAAUUCGUAAAAGGACUGAGCAGAUGAAUUAUUUACGGCUUUCGUCCCGGCUUGACGCUGUUGUGGCUCGGCUUGAUACCCAGGCUAAGAUGACCACUAUUAAUAAGUCUAUGGGCUCCAUUGUUAAAUCUCUUGAGUCUACUCUUGCCACCGGUAAUUUGCAGAAGAUGUCGGAGACCAUGGACCAGUUUGAGAAGCAAUUUGUGAACAUGGAGGUGCAGGCUGAGUUUAUGGAGAAUGCAAUGGCUGGAUCCACCUCGCUAUCCACACCUGAGGGUGAGGUGAACAGCUUGAUGCAGCAAGUAGCUGAUGACUAUGGAUUGCAAGUAUCCGUUGGACUCCCACAACCCGCUGCACAUGCACUGGCAACCCCGUCUCAGGAGAAGGUUGAUGAGGAUGAUUUAUCAAGGCGUCUUGCAGAGCUAAAGGCCAGGGGGUAAAAUGUAUCAUAAUUGCUGAUUGUAUCAAACUAGAUGGUGGUCUGGGUUAUGUUUCAUGCCCUAAUCUUCUUGUGUAAAUUUGGAUCCGUACUCGUACGAUAUAUGGCUUGCACCAUACAUUAUAUAAUAUUUAGAUCACCAUUAAAUGA